AUGGCGACUGGUGGCUACCGGACCAGCAGCAGCGGCAGCGGCGGUGGCGGGGGCAGCGGCACCACCACUACCACCACCACUACCACCACCACCACGGACUUCCUGGAGGAAUGGAAAGCGAAGAGGGAGAAGAUGCGAGCCAAGCAAAAUCCCCCGGGCCCGGCCGCUGUCCCUGCGGGCAUAGGGGGAGGAGGAGGUGUGGGUAGCGAGGGGGUCGCCAAGUUCCUAGCUGGGGCGUUGGGGGCUCCCACCGCCUCAGUUGGUACAUUGGCCAACGAGCUCAACAACAACUACCCCCCCAGCGCGCCGGCACCUGCUGCCCCCGCCCCCGGGGGCGUCAAUUGCACCCUCACCUCCACUUCGGGCGCAGCUCUGACCCGAACCCCCUCAGGCCCCCGGAGAGCCGAGGAGGAUCCCCUCUGUGGCUCGGUUGCUGGGGCAGCUCCGGCGGCGCCCCCCUUAUCCCACGGCCCCCCCUCGGGGAGCCGAGCAGGCGCGGAUCCCGGGGGACAGCCGGCCUUGGGCGAUGGGGAGGACCGGGACAGUGCCAAGGAGAAAGGGAAGAGCUCGGGCCCUAGUGCCAGGAAAGGCAAGGGCCAGAUCGAAAAGAGGAAGCUGCGGGAGAAGAGGCGAUCCACGGGAGUCGUGAAUAUUCCUGCAGCAGAGUGUCUAGAUGAAUAUGAAGAUGAUGAAGCUGGCCAGAAAGAGCGGAAAAGAGAAGAUGCUAUUACACAACAGAAUACAAUGCAGAAUGAAGCUGCAACCUUAGACCCUGGCGGUUCAUACCUAUUACAGGAACCAUCCAGGACUGUUUCAAGUAGAUAUAAAAGCACAAGUAUAACCCCCGAAGAUGAUGUCUCAAGUCGAUACUCUCGUACAGACCGGGGAGGGUUUAGGUACAACAGGGAUGCAAAUUCUUCUGGGAAUUCAGUUCCAAAUAUCACCUUGGAAAAGAAAAUUGAAGAUCUUGAAAAGGAGGUUCUAAAAGAGAGGCAAGAAAACCUCAGACUCUUGAGACUGAUUCAGGAUAAAGAAGAAACCAUCGGAAAACUCAAAGAAGAAAUCGAUUUGUUAAAUAGGGACCUAGAUGACAUAGAAGAUGAAAAUGAACAGCUAAAACAAGAAAACAAAACGCUUUUGAAAGUGGUCGGGCAGCUGACAAGGUAGAAGACCCCAGCCUCAGUGAGGAAAAUGAUUUGUAAGACUACUGAUUGAAUGUCAAGGUCAAUGCGAGGGCAAUAUUCCCCAUGCUGCAGUACAUUAAAAUAACUAAAUGUGUAUUUAUUUCUUGGAAAGUGAUGGAUGUUUAUUUUCAUAAUAUUUUUCUUUUUCAAUGUCAAUAAAAGUAAGGUAUCCACCU